GCUGUGGUUUUAUUCUGGCCCCUCCCCCUUGUUUCUGAUUGGUCCUGUCUGUCCUCUGUCAGACCUAUCGGACGUCAUCCUGCGUUCGAUGCAGCGGAGUCGCCGCCUAGUGUUCGUGGUCAGUCCCGACUUCCUGGUGGAGAAGAGCUUCAGUCUGCUGGAGUGUCGUCUGGGUCUGUACCUUCAUCACGGUCACGGCGCCGCCAUCGUUAGCGUGGUUUACCGCUCCGUCAGUAAACUCCAGUGUGUGGAGGCGGCGCAACUGCGACAGGCGUCCGUCAGCGCCAUCAAGUGGCGAGGAGGCCGCUCUGAACCGCCGCGCUCACGCUUCUGGCUGCGACUGAGGCUGGCGUUGCCCGUCCGGCCCCUGGCCAUGGGCAGGAGGUUGAUUGACAGCACAUCGUCUCACUCGGACCUGGCAGCGAUGGUUCUGCAGCGGGCGCAAUGGAUCCAGAACCACGGAGCCAAUCAGAGCCACAGGAACAGGCGGACUUCAGCCAAUCAGAACCGCAGAGACAGGCCGGCCCCAGCCAGAGGGAGGGGCCACAUGAAGAGGGCAGGGAGUGGAGCGUCAUGGAAGGAGGCGGGGUCAACGAACAGAGAGGAGGGGCUGCGACAGAGCUGGUUGGGAGGCGCCGGGGUUAGGGGUCAGGUGGGGGCUCCGAGGGGUGACGUAACCAUAGAAACAGAGCAGCAGCUGUCACAUGACAAAACUGAGAUACGGUCAGACCCUGUACCUGAAACCGACCCCACCCUAAACCCAGACCCCACCCACUUUACUCCUGACCCCGCCCCCGUCCCUGUCCUAGGCCCUGACUCCACCCUCUCCACCUGCCAACAGGAAGAUGGAGGGAAACAUCAACAGCAGCUGAUUGGCUCUCACAGCUCUGAGAUUCAGUGAUGUCAACAAUGAAAGGGGGAGGGGCUUGCACUUUAUUUAACCCCGCCCUCAGGCUGCUGAAUGUCUCAGUUAUUCCAGACUCUGCAAGAACACAGAUGAAGGAACGAUCAGGUCUCCUGUUACGUCCACACCGUCUGUCACCAUGGAGACGCCGGGGAUCGGUCAGCUGAUCAGUCACAUGACUUCAAUGUUCACUAAUAACAAAAUGACGUUGUAUGUUACUAACCCUAACGCUAACUGCUAAAUCAAUUUGAAAUCAGUUUGAAAUCAAUUUGAAAUCAAUAAAAAGUCCCUAAAAAGUGCUCAGAACUGGAAGUUUAUUGAGCUUUGGUGAAUAUUUACCAAACAUGAAAGUAGGUUUGAGCAAGUCCCACAAUAUUUCAUCUCAUCAAGUCUCUAAAAGUUACUUAAAUGAUUUUAGAUCAUUUUAGUUUUGUUUUUUUUUAAAUUUGAAAACAAAAACAGUAAAUUACAAAACGUAUUUAAAACGAGGUAUUACACAAGUUAUUAAAAUAUGAUUAAUCUCAUACAUUAUAUCACAAUGAAAUACAUUAAGUAAAAAAAGGUCAAAUUAGGUGCAGAAUCUUAAUUAUUCAAAUUAAAAUGAAAUAUGUGAUAUGAAAUAUAAUCAACAAAAGAUUGAUAUUUUAAAAGCUGCCUUUGGUGUAUUUAUUCCAUAACUGUUUAUGCCUUUAUUUAUAUUCCAAGCAUUGGUUCACUUCAUUUUUAGAUGAUGUUCAUUAGAUCAAAAACCUCCAUAUUCAAGCACAAAUGUUUUUGUGAAAUUACAUCAAUUUAACUUAGAUUUAAUAAUUUUCAUCGUCAUUUUCCAAAUGCUCAUUAAUUAAGUUUGCAUGAAAAUCCGAUUGGAUUUGUUAGGAUUUUCGUGUUCGUUGAUUGGAAGCUCCAAAGCCGAGUUCAGGACGCGCUUGGUCUCAGUUUAAGAAUUUAUUCUGAUCACAUGUGAAAUAUAAAACUCAGCGCUGGUCUGUGUGGACAGAAGCUCCUGCAGGAACUCCAGUCAAAGAGCCCCGAAUACCGGCUGGGAUCUUCUUGGGUGACUCCACCCCGAACAAUAGGUUGGACUUCGCAACGUCAUCUGACUCUGUCUUCUGAUUGGACCUCACCUGUCGACGUGACUUGCCAGCCGUCAGUCCACCUCUUUGCUGCUAGAACGUGCCACGCAAAGUGUUCUGAUUGUUGUCGUAGUCGUGCAUCUGUUGGAGUGUGAGUUCUCAGCCUCUGUAGACACAACAUCUUCUCCAGCGAACAGAACUGACCCUGAACUUAUCAGAUGUGACGUCCAUGAGUUCACUGCACAGGUGUCAAACAUGUGGCCCGGGGGCCAAAUGUGGCCCGCCAAAGGUUCCAAUCUGGCCCGUGGGAUGCAUUUGUGAAAUGCAAAAA